UACAGGGGUCUUUUCUGCUCCUGUCACCGCCUAAAACUAUCAGAUGGUUUGAGGGAGGACAUGGAGGCAGCCACCUAGCUCCGCGGAGCCGCCGCGCAGCCCACAGCAGCGCCUUCCGGAGCCCCGAGGCCGCCGCUGCCCCGGUCCUGGGUCCUCGCCGAGACUCCGCGGCCGAGCUCCGCCGCCAGCGGAGCAAACAGCCGGGAGACCCGCGGACCGGGAGGCUCCUAGCGCUGCCAGGCUCAGCAGAGGAGCUCGGAGAUUUGCGGAGCCCGACGGAGCCGGGACUGUGCGCCCGCCCGGGCUUCGGGCCGGGAGGGACGCGGCGAGCGGCAGCGCCAUCCCGGAUGCGCACGCUCAACUUGGAGCAACUUUAAGGUCUGAGCAGCCAGCCGGCAGACCCCGCGCGCGCACCUCGGACCCCGGAGUGAAGAAGGGCUGGGGGGUGCGAUCCCAAGAAGAUGCCUCGCCCCGGCCGCAACACGUACAGCGACCAGAAGCCGCCCUACUCGUACAUCUCGCUGACCGCCAUGGCCAUCCAGAGCUCGCCCGAGAAGAUGCUGCCGCUGAGCGAGAUCUACAAGUUCAUCAUGGACCGCUUCCCCUACUACCGGGAGAACACGCAGCGCUGGCAGAACAGCCUGCGCCACAACCUGUCCUUCAACGACUGCUUCAUCAAGAUCCCGCGGCGGCCCGACCAGCCGGGCAAGGGCAGCUUCUGGGCGCUGCACCCCAGCUGCGGGGACAUGUUCGAGAACGGCAGCUUCCUGCGGCGCCGCAAGCGCUUCAAGGUGCUCAAGGCGGACCCGCUGGCGCCCGGCAAGCCGGCGGACGCGGCGCAGUUCCUGCAGCAGCAGGCCAAGCUGCGGCUGAGCGCGCUGGCCGCCUCGGGGGGCUCGCCCCUGCCGCCCCUGCCCGCCGCCGCCGCCGCCUACAGCCUGGGCGGCGUGGCGCAGCCCUCGGGCUUCAAGCACCCGUUCGCCAUCGAGAACAUCAUCGCGCGCGAGUACAAGAUGCCCGGGGGGCUGGCCUUCUCCGCCAUGCAGCCCGUGCCCGCCGCCUACCCGCUCCCCAACCAGUUGACGACCAUGGGCAGCUCGCUGGGCGCGGGCUGGCCGCACGUGUACGGCUCGGCGGCGGCGGCGGCGGGCAUGAUCGACCCGGCCGCCCCCAUCUCCAUGGCCGGCGGCGGCGACUACGGCGCCUACGGGGUGCCGCUGAAGCCGCUGUGCCACGCGGCGGCGGGCCCCACGCUGCCCGCCAUCCCCGUGCCCAUCAAGCCCACGCCGGCCGCCGUUCCCGCGCUGCCCGCGCUGCCGGCGCCCAUCCCCGCCUUGCUCUCGAACUCGCCGCCCUCCCUCAGCCCCACGUCCUCGCAGACGGCCACCAGCCAAAGCAGCCCCGCCACCCCCAGCGAGACGCUCACCAGCCCGGCCUCCGCCCUGCACUCGGUGGCGGUGCACUGACCCGCGGCGGCUCUCUGGUUCUCCUCCUCCCCGCUAGCCCACACUGGCCUCCCCGGGCUCCGAGUCCUGCCCUCCCAGACCCGGGGCCG